GCAUGCCACAUGACAGCCUGACUUUGAAAGCAAAAUGGCCCCCAAUUUUCUUGUCUUUUAUACCAGACGCUGUCAGUGCGAACGUCAAAAAUUUAGACGAGUUGUCGAAGUGCUUACGCCGGAUUAAAUUUUGAUAUCGACAUUAAAAAUUGUGAAAACGCCCAAGCUGGAGUGAAAUGGCACAAUGGAAAGACCAGCUGAAAUUCGACAUCGAGUGGGGUCACGAGAGGCUGGUGCGAGCGCAGCAAACCGUGGAAGUACGGCCAUUCGAUGUGGAAUCCUGGUCGGUGAUGAUCCGGGAGGGUCAGAGCCGACACAUUAAUGAAGUGCGAACGCUGUACGAGGCGCUGGUGAGCGUUUUCCCCACCACCGCACGGUAUUGGAAGAUUUACAUCGAGCAGGAAAUGAAGUACCGGAACUACGAGCGGGUGGAAAAGUUGUUCCAGCGGUGCUUGGUGAAAAUUUUGAACAUUGAUUUGUGGAAGCUUUAUCUUACCUAUGUCAAGGAGACCAAAGCGGGAUUGAUUACGCACAAAGAGAAAUUAGCGCAGGCAUACGAUUUUGCGCUGGAGAAAAUUGGAAUGGAUUUGCAUUCGUACUCCAUCUGGCAGGAUUAUAUUUCGUUUUUGAAAAGUGUCGAAGCAGUGGGAAGCUAUGCCGAGAAUCAGAAGAUUACGGCGGUGCGCAAAGUUUAUCAGAAAGCGGUGAUAACACCAAUAAUCGGAAUAGAACACUUGUGGAAGGAAUAUAUUUCAUUUGAGCAGAAUAUCAAUCCGAUAAUUUCGGAAAAAAUGAGCUUAGAGCGGUCGAGGGAUUACAUGAAUGCCAGACGUGUUGCGAAAGAACUGGAAAUAGUGACGAAGGGAUUGAAUCGUAAUUUGCCGGCAGUCCCACCUACAGGGACGAAGGAAGAACUGAAGCAGGUGGAACUAUGGAAGAAGUACAUAAAUUUUGAAAAAUCGAACCCCUUGAGAAGUGAGGACACGGCAUUGGUGACGCGGCGAGUGAUGUUUGCAACAGAACAGUGCUUGCUGGUAUUAACUCAUCAUCCAGCGGUGUGGCAUCAAGCCGCCCAGUAUUUGGAUCAAAGUUCCAAGCAACUUAUUGAUAAGGGUGAUUUGAACGCAGCAAAAGUGUUCGCUGAUGAAGCUGCCAACAUUCUUGAAAGGGCCAUUAACAGCGUACUAAGUCGUAAUGCGCUUUUAUAUUUUGCGUAUGCGGACUUUGAGGAAGGAAGAUUGAAGUAUGAAAAAGUUCAUCAAAUGUACAAUAAGUUUUUAUCCAUUUCGGAGAUUGACCCAACACUAGCUUAUAUUCAAUAUAUGAAGUUUGCCCGACGCGCUGAAGGUAUUAUUUCCGCCAGAGCCAUCUUCAAGAAAGCACGAGAGGAUGUGCGUUCCACUUAUCAUGUCUUCGUUGCUGCAGCCCUAAUGGAGUAUUACUGCACUAAAGACAAGGACAUAGCAUUCCGCAUUUUUGAGCUAGGUCUCAAAAGAUUCGGCGGUAGUCCUGAAUACGUCAUGUGCUAUAUCGAUUAUCUAUCGCAUUUAAAUGAAGAUAACAACACGAGAGUAUUAUUUGAACGGGUUCUUUCGUCGGGUGGCUUAACGCCACAGUUGUCAGUUGAAGUGUGGAACCGGUUCUUGGAAUUCGAGUCCAACAUCGGCGACUUGUCCAGCAUUGUGAAAGUGGAACGCAGAAGAAGUGCAGUUUUGGAAAAACUCAAAGAAUUUGAAGGCAAGGAAACUGCUCAACUGGUAGAUCGCUACAAGUUCCUCAAUCUCUACCCAUGUUCAGCAGCAGAGCUUAAAUCUAUCGGCUACACGGAAACAGAUGGAAUACUAAACCCAAUAUCUACAAAAAACCCAGCUCCAGUUGAAGCUCCAGAGCAACCUCACAGGAUUCCACGGCCUGAUUUUGCUCAAAUGAUUCCAUAUAAACCGAAACCCAAUGCAUACCCGGGAGAACAUCCAUUGGAUGGAGGUGCCUUCCCGCAACCACCUGCCCUAGCAGCCCUCUGCUCGAUGCUUCCACCGCCAAUUUGCUUCCACGGACCGUUCGUGUCCGUCGACAAACUUCAGGACUUGUUUAGUCGUAUUGUUCUUCCGGAUGUGGCACCGACUCCGAUCCAAGGAGAAAACGGAAGUAGCAUCAAACUUUUCGACUUGGCCAAAGCGGUCCACUGGAUUGUAGAUGAUAGCACGUACGCGGGCGAGGGGGGACUGAAAAGACGACGCAUGGCACCCGGUGGAGACGACAGCGACGAAGAAGCUGCCGUUCCAGCGCCCCCGGCAAAUGAUGUAUAUCGUUUGCGACAGCAGAAGAGAUUCAACCGAUAGGAAUCGUGGGAUCCAGAAGAAAAAAAUCAACAAUAUUAUUGGUAGAAAUAAAACUUUUUUUUACAACACAACAUUGUAAAUGGGAAAGAAUGAUGAACGAAUAAAAUAAAUUGACUAUAGUCAAGAGAAUAACUA